CAGUUCUCUGCAUGCCCAGUGUCCACAACUCAUCUCUUUGAGGAAGCAGCAGCUUUUUAACAAUGGAGAGUGACACACAGAGACUCAAUCUGAAGAGAGAAAUUGGGAUUAUAGGAGCUGUGUCGUUCAUUGCUGGAACCAUGAUAGGAUCCGGGAUUUUCAUAUCCCCGCAGUAUGUGCUGUCUGCCAUCGGCAGCCCCGGAGCCAGCUUUGUUAUAUGGACCUGCUGUGGGUUGAUAGCCAUGCUGGGGGGGCUCUGCUAUGCUGAACUGGGCACAGUCAUACCAGAGUCUGGAGCUGAAUAUAUCUACAUGCUGCGGACAGCAGGGAAAGUGGUGGCCUUUAUGUUUGUCUUCAGCUUCAUCAUUGUCAUGAUACCUGCCAGUGCCACAGGAAUUGCUCUCAGCGUUGCUGAAUAUGUCGUGGCCCCCUUUUACAACGGCUGCACCCCUCCACAACUGGUGGUGAAAUUGGUGGCUGCAGGAGCUAUCAUUGUGCUGGCCAUAGUUAACUGUCUGAGCGUCCGCUUGGCCACCGCCAUCCAGGUGGUUUCCAUGGCAAUCAAAUUGCUGGCCCUGGCCGUGAUCAUUUUGGGAGGUGUUGUGAUGCUUUUCGAGGGACGCACUGAAAACUUUGAGAACUCCUUUGAGGAAACAAAUGUUAAUGUCAGCUCCAUUGGCAUUGCUUUUUAUCAGUGCUUGUGGUCCUAUGAUGGUUGGAACACUUUGAAUUUUCUAACUGAGGAGCUGAAACAUCCAGAAGUGAAUCUUCCUAGGGCGGUUGUGAUAGCCACUUCUCUGGUGACUGGCUUAUAUCUGCUGGUGAAUGUGAGCUACCUGACGGUAAUGACGCCUAAAGAACUCAUGUCCUCCAGCGCAGUAGCAGUGACCUGGGGGAAUAAGGUGUUAGGAAGCUGGGGCUGGAUCAUGUCUGUGGCUGCAGCAUUGUCUGCCUUUGGUUCUCUGAAUGGGACGUUCUUCAGUGGUGGCCGUGUGUGCUUUGUUGCUGCCAGGGAAGGACACAUGCCAGAUAUUCUGGCCAUGGCUCACGUCCACAGACUGACUCCAUCUCCAGCCCUGAUCUUCACCACUGUUGUCUCCCUUCUGGUGCUGAUCCCUGGAGACUUCCAGAGUAUUGUCAACUUCUUCAGUUUCACUGCCUGGUUUUUCUAUGCCAUCACCCUGUCUGGACUUCUCUAUCUCAAGAUUAAGAAGCCGGAGCUCCCCAGGCCCUACACGGUUCCCAUUAUACUCCCUAUACUGGUCCUAAUGGCGGCAAUAUUUCUUGUGCUGGCGCCCAUCAUAGACAAUCCUCAGAUUGAAUACCUCUAUGUGACUUUAUUUAUCCUCAGUGGAGCUAUAGUCUACAUACCCUUCAUCCAUUACAAGCUCUGCCCAGGGCUGUUGACCAAGUUGACAGUGUUCCUUCAGCUGUUCUUAGAGGUCGCCCCAGCAGAGAAAAACCUGUGAUUUGGGCAGAAGAAAAAGGUGAUUUUCCGGGGUUUUUUUUUGUUUACCUUGUGCUUUUUAACUACACCUGUUUUUGCAAUGGCAGCCAUGAGACAUUGCAGUUUACAUUCAAUAGCAACUUAUUAUAACCUCCCGUUUCUUAUUAAUAAGUUGGGUUGUUGUGUGUUUUAAUGUCUUUGAAUUUUAGCAGUCUGAUAUGUAUUGUCUUUUUGCACAGGUGCAUUUAGCACUGCUUUAUUUGCUGAUGUUUAUAAUCAACUUAGAAAGCACAAGUGAAAAGGAAUACGAUUCCAAAGUAAAUCGGUAUUCAAAAUAUCAAUCUAUUACCAAAAGAUCAAAUAUGACUCUGAAAUCUUACAGUUUUUGCCUGUUCAACAGCAAGCGGUUAGACAGCGUAUGUCUUUAAACAGCUGAGGAUUCCUGUUAUUGUGAAUUUGUUUAAUUUUCCAUUUCAGUUGUAUUUGUUCAUUUGCAAAAGGUUCCAGUUCAAACACACAUACAAAUGUAUUUUAAAUACAUUUCAAAACAAAAAAGAAACAGGGUUGUAUAACAAUUAAAUGAUAAGACAUUUUGAUUUGGGGGGAGUUCUCAUUGCCUUGGACCUGCACAUGAUAUAAAUACUGGAGAAAGCUUGUGCUGUCCUCCAAACACACUGAUACAGAGUGAGGAGAAGCAACACCAACUAAACGCUGUCGUAAGAAGAUUCAUCACAACGUCAAAGCUUCAAGUUGUACGAAACAAAAACAACGAAAGAAUCAAACGGCAGCAUGCUUUGUCAUUAAACAGUUACUGUUUUAAAAGAAAUGUAUGUGACUUAUGGUUUUAAUAAAAUGAAGAAAAAAAAUGUGUAUGAAAAGAAAACAGAGACAACUAUUAGAUGGAUUUGCUAUGAAAGUUGGCUGAAGUAGGUUGCAGGUACAAAAAUGAAGUCAUGGCAUACCAACAAAUUAUAGUUGUGGAAAACAUGUACUGUAAAAUACCUGUUCUCUACUGCAAAUAACUAAGACCAUCCCAAAAUGGUCUGAUGUCAAAGAAGCCCAAAUAUUUCAUUUAAUUAGAGUUCUGUUUUCUAAAGUUAUAUAACUCAUACAAUUACACAUUGAACCUGAACCGACUAUGGUAGAGGUUAAGGAAACACCUGCGCUAAUAGUUUCCCGGUCAAGAGUCUUAUCCCAUUUAGGAUCAUAUUAUGAUGCCAUUGAUAUGGUACGUCAUUGAUACAUGAUUCAUAGGAGGAUGAAUGGCAUAGAUUUUUAUUUAUUGUUUUAUAAAUUUCAGUGGGUCAUCAUGAUUAGGUACCAGGAAGUACAUCA